GCCUACCAUGCUGUCCCAGCUUCAUUAUUUGCUUUGUCAGAGACCAAAAGAAAGAGAUUGCUUUUAUAAUCAGCCAGCGGCAAACCUGGCCAAUUCUCACCCCCGUACAACAACAGCCACGUCCAUGAGCAGGUAUACAAGCAAGGACUUUUGGGGCUGUGGCUGCAAGGCCGUCUGCUUGGUUAUUCCUUGCCCUUGCAACUUGACAUACCUGGUACUAUGACAAGAUAAGGUGGAGCUGUAAAUAUUCAAGAAAGAAUCACAAGAUCAAUUAUAAUUAGAAAAGAAGGAUGUGGUUUAGUUUAAUUGGAUGAGUUCUUGCACUGUUUUUCCACAGAGAUAUUUAUCAGCAGCAAAGUAAAUAAAUAAAUAAAACCAUUUUUACAGUUACAUGGGAGGGUUUUAUUGAGACCAAAAUUUCUGGGCCGCAGAAAAAACGGGAGGUAGUGCAUGGCGCGAAAUCGAUCACGUUGCCUCGUGACCAUGACAGCACCCAAAACCCCCUGUCACCAACAUCCACCCUUCCGUGUGUGCUGACUGUGGAUAAACCAAUGGUGGAUGUUGAUGGGUCGGAACAGUGGGUCUUCAAAUGGGGGGAUGUUAUCUUGUAGCCAAACCAAUUAGAGAGAGUCUUUAGUGCAGAGCUCUCUCACCCAAUUCCCAGUCUUUCUUAUCCACCUUCUCCAGUCUCCUCAAAUGACUGACUGACGAAGACUUCAUCCUUAAUGAUCUUCAACACCUGUUUCACCAGAUUAGAAUUGCUCAAGGAUGAUGAUGUCAAACUCAUCAAACUCACCUUUUCAAGAGGUUGAAGGAGAGUCACAAGCAGCAAUGGUGGAUAAUGAGGAAUUGGAGAAAUGGAUGGCAUUUCCAACUAAGAAUCAGGAUGAAACUCGAAACUAUAGUGAGAUAAAUGAGCAGAUGAGUGACUCUGGCAGCAAACAAUUUCCUGGAAUUUUGCCUGAGACAAAUGUCGUUGAAAGAGUAGCAGAAUGGGGACUAGUCGUAAAGUCAGAGGACGGCAAUCUGAACAACCUGUCUCUUGCGUUGAGAUCAUCAUCGGAAGGACGCAAGACAUCCAGGGAGAAAAGUUCAGAAAUUAAAAGCGGAGUUGAUGAGUCUAGCCGCCCUGUGGAUACAAGCUUCCCAAGAGUCUCUCAAGAACUCAAGGAUGCCUUGUCGAACCUGCAGCAGACAUUUGUCGUAUCAGAUGCAACCAGGCCAGAUUGCCCCAUAGUCUAUGCCAGCGCCGGGUUUUUCAGCAUGACAGGUUAUGCGACGGAGGAAGUCAUUGGGAAAAACUGUCGAUUUCUCCAAGGGCCGGAAACGGAUAAGGAGGAGGUUGCUAAAAUAAGAGAAGCUGUCAAAAAUGGAAAAAGCUACUGUGGGAGGCUCUUGAACUACAAAAAGAAUGGAACGCCAUUUUGGAACCUUCUCACUAUAACACCGAUAAGAGAUGACAGCAGCAAGGUUAUAAAGUACAUCGGAAUGCAGGUUGAAGUCAGCAAAUUUACAGAGGGUACAAAUGAUAAAACAUUAAGGCCAAAUGCUUUACCUGUGUCUUUGAUCCGAUAUGAUGAUCGACAGAAGGAAAAAGCUUUAUCGUCUAUUACAGAGGUUGUCCAAACUAUGAAGCAUCCUCGUUCUCAGUCUCUUCCUGGAGAUCUUGAGAUGGCUGCCCACCUCGAGGAACAUGAAAAAUUUGUCGUUGAUUCUCCUUUGCAUAAAUUUUCAGAUCUCAAAGAUCUUAAAUCUCCGGCAAGACAGUCUCCUCUCUUGGAUGCCAAGAGUGACUUACUGAGAAGAAGCGGCAGGAAAUCAGCGCGGUCUUCAUUAAUGGGGUUUAUUGUGAGAAAACAAAGUUCUGUAGAAAUUCGUGAAUCUGCAAUUGAGCCAGAGAUGUUGAUGACCAAAGAAAUAGAGCGCGUAGAAAGCUUCGAUCGUGCAGGUAGAGAAAAGGACAUUCGCCAAGGAAUUGAUUUAGCAACAACCUUGGAGCGCAUUGAAAAGAAUUUUGUGAUAACAGAUCCAAGGCUUCCAGAUAAUCCAAUUAUAUUUGCAUCUGAUAGCUUUCUUGAGCUGACAGAGUACACUAGGGAAGAAAUUCUUGGAAGGAACUGCCGGUUUCUUCAAGGUCCUGACACAGAUCCAGCAACUGUCGCAAAGAUAAGAGAUGCUAUUAGAGAACAGAGGGAAAUUACAGUGCAGUUAAUAAACUACACUAAAAGUGGGAAAAAAUUUUGGAAUCUGUUCCACUUGCAACCCAUGCGUGACCAGACGGGUGAACUUCAAUACUUUAUUGGUGUGCAACUAGACGGCAGUGACCAUGUUGAACCACUUCGAAAUCGCCUCUCGGAGACGACAGAGAUGAAGAGUGCUAAAGUGGUCAAAGCCACAGCUGAGAAUGUUGAUGAGGCUGUCCGGGAGUUACCUGAUGCCAACUCGAGACCAGAAGAUCUGUGGGCAGUCCAUUCCAGGCCUGUUUUCCCAAAGCCCCACAAGCGGAGUAGUUCUUGUUGGAUAGCAAUCCAGAAGAUAAUGGAAAGUGGCGAGCAGAUUGGUUUAAAGCAUUUUAAACCAAUUAAACCUUUGGGUUGUGGAGAUACUGGCAGUGUACAUCUUGUGGAACUACAAGGUACCGGUGAGCUAUUUGCGAUGAAAGCGAUGGACAAAUCUGUCAUGUUGAACCGAAACAAGGUGCAUAGGGCAUGUGUAGAACGGGAAAUAUACUCCCUGUUAGACCAUCCAUUUCUUCCAACAUUGUACACUUCAUUUAAGACCUCGACACACGUUUGUUUGAUAACUGACUUUUGCCCUGGGGGGGAGCUGUUUGCUUUGCUUGACAAGCAACCCCUGAAGAUUUUCAAAGAGGACUCUGCAAGGUUUUAUGCUGCUGAAGUUGUAAUUGGUCUGGAAUAUCUCCACUGUCUGGGAAUAAUUUACCGAGACCUGAAGCCAGAGAAUAUAUUACUACAGAAGGAUGGCCAUUUGGUUCUCACUGAUUUCGAUCUAUCAUUUCUAACAUCCAGCAAACCUCAGGUGAUAAAGGAAACUAUAGAAACAAAGAAGCGAAGGUCCAAGCAUCAGCAACCUCCAACCCUUGUUGCAGAACCAAGCACACAGUCAAAUUCGUUCGUAGGAACCGAAGAGUACAUUGCUCCCGAAAUCAUAACAGGAGCAGGCCACAGCAGUGCUAUUGACUGGUGGGCACUAGGAAUCUUGCUCUAUGAAAUGCUAUAUGGUCGAACACCAUUUCGAGGGAAGAACAGGCAAAGAACAUUUGGCAACAUCUUGCACAAAGACCUCACCUUUCCUAGUAGCAUUCCAGUCAGCCUUACAGCCAGGCAGUUAAUCCAUUCACUGCUGCAAAGAGAUCCUGCUAAUCGUCUGGGAUCAAACACUGGUGCCAAUGAAAUCAAACAACACCCAUUUUUCCGUGAUAUCAACUGGCCCCUUAUCCGUUGCAUGACACCUCCUGAACUAGAUACUCCUCUUCAGUUAAUCGGAAGUGAACCAGAUCCAAGGGUCAUGGAACUUCAGUGGAACAAUGAGCAAAUGAUCACUGACAGUCUAGAAAACUUUUAAGAUAGCUUAAUGGUUAUAGGAUUCUGCGUAUCCUUCCUUGUUUUGUCGAGUUCUGCACAAGUUUGACGUUCUAUCUAGACAAACUUAAGGGAUCGAGGAUCAAUCUAUGGUGUCGGAUUUCUCACGAGCUGUAUGAAAACAAGAAGCACAAUAGAAGAAAACAGAACAUCAUCUUGAGAUUUCAAAUAAAAACCCACAUCCUAUAAAGAGACAUCGAGUUCGAGCAAAACUUACAUCACUGUAAGAAUAUGACAUGUGUAAUAAGAGAAUGUAUUACUUACAAUAAGAUCUCUCUAUUGUAAAGCUUAAUGUCAAUGGUUCUGAUACCCGUUUUCAUAAAUAAAUAAUUCUCUGAAGUA